AUGUGUUUAUACGAAUCAAUAAAACUAAUUAAUACGCGUUCAUUUGGUUCUACAAAUAUUAAACGACUUGCUCGUAAUAUACCAUCAAAUAUAUUAUCAAAUAAUAAUCAUCAAUAUAAAUUUUCAAGUUUUCCAUCGACUGGUUAUAUUAUUCAUCAAUUAACUAAUUUAACAAUGAAUAAAAUUCUUCAUAAAAAAAUUUAUCAAGAAAUUUCUAUCAUUUUCAUUACAGCAUUUGUUGUGUUAAUCUUUACAUUAAUAAUUGAAAUGUUCAUCGAAAAAGGUCUUUUACUAUUUGGAAUUUCAUUUUUAUUAAUAUUUGUGGCAAUGGACAACACAUAUUUCUAUGAAAAACUGUACAAUAGUAAUCAAUAUCUUUACAAAGAUCUUAAUGAUAAACGAUCAUUAUGUAUUAAUUAUCAAUCUGAAAUGUAUCUAAGAAAGCAUCUCGUUUCAUAUAUUCAAUAUUUUAUCAUUCCAGAUAAACUUGAACAAGUAUUUGUUGGUCCUCAUAAAGGUGAUGAUAUUAACACAAGUGUUGAUGCUCAAGCAAAUAUUGCUAGUGGUGUUUAUGGAGCUAAUCCAUCAUCAGUUAGUACUGCAACGCAUCAUGGUUCUAAUAUUGGUGGUUUUUUUCCAAAGCCACUUACUUCUCACAUUCCGUGUGCUUUGGAUACUGGUGAUUAUUCAGGACUUGAUUAG